CCCGCCCACCAAUGAAGAUGAAACAUCGGGUGGUAUACAUGUUCAUCAGUAAGAAGAGUCAAACAAGAAAUCGAGCUGAAUUCUUGUUUUUGCUUUUAAACGUACCUUGGUCGUUCACCGACUUUGUUUCGAAUCUCCGAAUAUCUAUAAUAUUCUUGAAACGGUAUUUUAUUGUGAAAUCCCCUUUCACAGCCUAGCUUAUAGACGCAGCGCAGCUCGCUGUUUCGGAAGUGGAGUCUGGCGGCCGCUCGACCGCAGUCGCAGUGCGCGGGCUACUUUGAAAACGUAAACAGCGCCAUUGUUUCGCUAACACCAACGUUUGGCUAUCAGGCGAGUGGAACUGGUUGGUGCGGCAGCUUUCACGCGGAUAGCUGGAUAAGUUGAAUACUUACUGCGUACGUGAGUCUGGUUUCAACCCUAAAGGAGAAGCCGCGGGGGAGAAAAGACAUGAUAGCCAAGCUAACUGUUAGCUUGGUUCGCGCUGUCUGAAAACAGACGCUACACCGUCGGAGAGAAAACACAGCUGGAUGCGUAAAUGGAGACAAAGUACCCGACGUUGAGGAGACCAAAGAGGAAGCUCUGCUACCUUACAAACAAAGAAAGUGUGUCUAAACAAUGGGCAGGAACGGCGACACUGGGAGACGUUGAUAGGAUGUUUGAUGACUUGGAUUCAUCCUCACUCAGCGACGUCGUGUUGGCCUCGUCUCCUCAGCCCCGGAGGUCGCGUGGCGACAAAGAGGCUUCACUGGUUCCACAGAAGGGAGACCCGGCAGAAAAACAUUCACAGUGCCAAAAGGUAGAUGGUCCUGAAGGAAAUGUCCCAAUAACUGUCACAAGGUCAACCAGUCCGAAAUUGGAGAUUGAUUCAGACGUCCUUUUCAAAAUGGAUGGACCAGUAAAGACGUCCAGCCCUAUUGAAGCAAAAGAAGGAGUUGUGGAUGGAGGAGGUUUAGAAGAGGAGGACAAUGAGAGAAUACCAAUCGUGUCCCCAAUCCUCUUUGACUGUGAGGAGGACGGAAACAAGGAGGCAAAGACAAGGCUGCCAAAUGUCCAGGAACCCCAGUGCAAUGGCGAUGACUCCGAGUUGCAGACUCCUCCGAGCAAGGUCACUUUAAGAAAACCCACAAUGUCCACUCACAAAGAGGGCAAAGGUCUAAAAACAAGGCAACACAACGCAGACGAACCAGCAGCUCCUGAGAAACUCUCAUCAAGUGCUCACAGCCAGGCGGUGGCAGAGACGUCCGCCCGCGCGGGAAAAGACAUGUCCGUGUUUCUGCAGAAGCUCAGAGAUGCUGGACAGUCCAAACCUGCAUGUCACAAGAAGUCACUGACACCGGUUAAAGUUGCCGUUCCUCCUCCGGAGCCAGAGGACGAUUUCCGGAUUUUGGAGGAUGAUGCACCUUUGUGGUUUACCAUCCCGAGUAAAACUGCCACGGGUAGAAGACAGAGGCAGAGCAGAUCUUCCAGCACCGAUAAAGAAAGUUCAACAGACAAGGGGACAAAGGACAGCCCAGAAGAGGCAAAGGCCGAACUGGCAAUUGAGCCUGUUGAUCAGACACAGGAGAAGACGAAGAAGAAGAACGGGAGAGUGAAGAAGAAUGAAGUGACCAGGCCUGAAAAUGAUAAGGAAGAACUUACCAGUCCUGAGGAUCUUCCUGCAGGUGACACUGUGGAACAGGAGAAACCGAAUAAAAAGAAACGAGAACUCAAGAAGAUUCCAUCGAAGGAGUGCGACAAGGCCGAGGAGGAACCUAAAGAGACGGCCCGCAAGGAAACGGUCGAAGAAAAAAACGCUGAAAAAAUGGAAACGAAAGUUCAGAAGUCUUCAAAAGACGGCAGAGGAAAUGCCAAGAUGAGCCGGACUAAGCCACCGAAGCGGACCAGAAAAGUGACACGGGGACCUGAAGACGUUAAGGAGAUGGUGUGUGAUGAAGCUGUGAAGGAACCAAGUGAAGAUCAGAACAAUGAGAAGCAGGCGGAAGACUGGGGUUCUAAUUCAGACAAAGAAAUCAUGAAUCUUCAUGCACGAACAGCGAAUGACUCAGCACAUGGAAAGGCUAGAAAAGACAGUUUGCCUGCAGAAAGUCCAAUUUCUGGGAGACGUAAAAGAAAACCAACGGGACAAUGGUGGUUGUGCUCUCCUGAGACCACAGAGGAGACAAACAACUGGCCCACACACAACAGGUCCAAACAGCACGACGCAGAGCCCGGCGCAGCAGAGCCUUCCCCUGUGAAGAAAAAGAAGGACAGCCCUUUAAAGAAAAGAGAUCGGAGACGGCCCGCACCGUCGUCCAGUCAGACCACGACACAAGCAAAGGAAAAGAAAACCCAACGGAACAAAAAGAGACCCGCAAGAGGAGACGCACACAACAAGACAAAGGCAGCUGAAGAAGUACCUAACACGAGUGAGGAAGAGCAGCAGCAGCAGGACGUCCCGGAUCAGGACCCGGAUCCUGAGUGGGCGAGCCCUUUCGUCUCCACGCACACAGAUCACAGUCUGAGCUCAGGGGAUCGGGUGAUUCAGAAAGUCUACCAUCGUACCUCUAAUGAGAAACUGUCCAACACUCCAGCACCCGUCCGUCCCGAAAGACCCCCGGAACCUCUCACGGCAGUGGAUCCAGAGAAACGCACGAGGAUAACUCCUCGCAGCUGGUGGACGGUCAAUGACAUGUCUAAGGAAGAGCAGAGCAUCUCCUCACUGCCUCAGCUGCCUCGACUCAAGGAGCCCAAAUCGGGCGAGAAAACAAACAAGCGGUCCAAAACGAAACCGAGCCGGUCUCCCGGACUCAGAACUCCCAAGAAUGGCAACGUGACCGCCAGGUUGAAACCACUGGGGGGAGCUCACGUGCUCCUGCAGAAGCUGAAGCCGAUGUGCACUCCAAAGACAGUCAAGCGCUCUCUGGCCACGUUCAAAGACAUUUUCAUGUCGGCCUCGGAGACCCCGACCACGGUCAGCGGCAGAAACGCGAGUCAGAGAAACACGCUUAGUGUCGCUGCAUGUACCGCCGAGGAAGCUCCUGCCACCUACCCUGUGACACAAGGCCGCGCCGAGGAAGAUGGAAACAACGUGAAUGCUGGUGAAUUCCGGAGCACACAGAACAGCCCUCCCAACCAGGACGUCCUACGGGACGACAGGUGUCAUCCAGAGAACACGUUAGAAGACCUCAUGAGCGGACCAUCCUCAUGGUCCACUGAGCCGAACCAGUACGAGACCAGUGACAACUUGAUUCUGCCGCCAUCCAGCGUCCCCGCUGCGCACUCUCUGCCAGAUUUCUGUCCUCCUCCUCUCAGACCGCUCAUCCUUCAGCCCAAGGACAAGUCCAACCUGACGGAGUGGUUUAAGAGUCUCUGGUCUUCCACCGGCAACAAGGGCAGUGAGAUCACUCCGGACCAUUUCGACUGGUUCUUCUAUCAGGGCCGAGCACUCGGCGUCCUGGUCGACCUGAACUGUGGCUCCUUCUGUAAUGGGAAGAUCCUGCUGGGCUCCAAAAGCAAGAAGCCCUUGUGGGUGGAUCACUUCGCCACGACUGUUUUCAACUUGUUAACGAGCUCUGUGAAAGUGACCGUCAACGGCAAAAAGACCCUCUUCGACCCGGGACAGUCCUUUAUGGUGCAGUGUGGACGUGCCUACAGCAUCGAGAACGUCACCGCACAGCCUGCGGUCCUCUACUUCACCAGGCUCUUGGCAGAAAGCUCAGACUGAAGUCGGCACGUGGUGCCUUAGGAUGUGAAUCUUGUAUUUAAAUUUUUCCUCACGUUCUGUUGAGGUGUAAAUAGAAAAAAAAUUUGCCUGUAAGUUGUUGUUUUUUAAAUUUAAGUUCUUAAAAUAUCACCUAAGCUAUAGGCUUCAGGUGAUUUCAAGUGAUUUGUAAAUACAAUUUUGUACUUAAUGUUACUUGAGUUUUAUUUGGCAGUUUCCUGCGAUUGUACAGCAGAUAUGAUCCGCCUCUAGGGGACGCUGUGCACCUGUCGUCUAAUUGUCUAUAUGUGUUUUAGUCAGCGUGUAAAACAAGUUCCUUCUCUCUAGUUCAUUUCGUUUGGGUUAAAAAAACAACAACAUUUGCAUUGUUUCUAGAAUCAGCUUCUUAUUUUUUUAACCCCCUAGAACAAUUACCGCAGACCUUUUUUAUUCAUUGAUACAGAAUAUGUAGUUUAAAGUAGUUAUUUGGUUUGACAACCAUUACAACAGUGGGGAAAGUACAAAUAAAAGCAUUUCCUGCACAUAUUCAAACUAUCAAGAGAAAAAGUGUGCAUCAUGCUAAAUGGCCUGUCAGUAUUGUUUAUAUUAUAUUGUAUAAUUCUUUGUAGUCUUUGUAGAAUUGUUUUACAGAGAGAUUGUUGGAAACAUUCUGGUUAACUCUUGUCCUGUUCUCAACUUGUUUAUAAAAAUACACGUCUGUAGAAGGUUAGUGGUCAAUAUUUUUAGUGAGAAAAAAAAUAAAGGAUGCAGAUGGUUCCCUCAGAAUUAAAA